CAUGACGGACUAUGUUACAAGUUCCCCAGUAUUUAGUUAACAAGUCCCGUUGGAUACCUAGGACAUGCCUGACUUUUUACAUGUAGAUUUGAACUAUACCUGUAAUUCUUUUGUUUAGAUAACAUGUGGAAAAGCUUAGCGGUUUUAACAAUUAUCAUUUGUGGAAUAAUUUCUACAGAGGCCGCAAAUUGCACAGUUGAUAACAAGCAUUUUUACAAAGAGGGUGAUCACUGGAACCCUGUAAAGGAUUCACAGAAGAUAGGCGCGGGUUGUGUCAACUGUACCUGCUUUCACGAUAACACCGUAACCUGUGACAAAGUGGAGUGUCCAAUAUUAAACUGUGAGGCGCCUCGAUAUCCAGUGGGGGCAUGUUGUCCGGUCUGUGAAGAUCUAAAAAACAUCAUUCCUACAGUAGCGCCGAUUGACGACGGGGAGGCCGGAAAUAAGGACCGGAAGUGUCAGUUUGAGGGGCGGAUCUAUGAUCACAACCAGUUCUUCUCCAACAACAAUACACAUAUCACCCCUACCAGAUCUGACCAGUGUGUAAACUGCAUUUGCCAGUCUGGACAAAUUUACUGUUUUUUGAAGACGUGUGUCAUAAAGCCACAUUGUAGUAAUUUCUAUCAGUCCCCAGAUACGUGUUGUCCAGUUUGUGUGGACUGUACAGAUGGAAAUGGAAUUGAAAGGAAGAAUUCAACCAACUGGAAACCGGAAGUCGCUGGAGAAAAGGACCCGUGCAUAACGUGCACGUGUCUGAACGGAGCAAUUACAUGUGAAAGAGAGCAAUGUCCGACAUUAUCUUGUAAGAAGCAGUAUCGUGUGCCGGGACAUUGCUGUAAAACAUGUGACCGACCAAUCAAAAAAGUCAAAGGAGUAUGUAAAAAAGAUAGGGAACGAAGAAAGAAAGGCAGAAAAAAUAAACGAAAGAACAGAAGGAAAAACAAAAAAGGACGAAGUAAACGAAAAGGUGGUCGUAGAAAUAAAAGGAGAAAUAGAAAUAGACGAAGGCAAAGAAAGAAGUCAAAGAGAUGCACAAAAGUCAAUAAUAAUGCCACCAUGUUUGAUAAACAGUGCCCGUCAAUACUACCACUUGCUUCGCCCCUAGACGGCGCUCUUCCAUGCCAUUUCAAUAAAAUGUGUUUACCUGCAAGGACUGAUUUUAUUAUUUACCGCCUUAAAAUUAGUGGGAAAGAAAAUGGAAAAGACAAUGACACUAUAGUUAUUGCAUUUGAUCAUGUAAAAUCCCAAAUGGUGGAAAUCUGGAGAUAUAUUGUUCACAAAGAUAAAAUAAAAGAAAGAAAAGAUCCGGAGAAAUGUUCUUCCUAUUCUUUUAGACGACAGAUACAGAACUCAAAUGCCAUACUUGGGGCUGCAAGUGCUAAGUCAGUAAAAGACUUCCAACGAAAGCUCAAGAGAGGACUGAAAGGCUGUGAGAAGAAAAAGAAGGGGUGUCGACUACGUACAGUCCGCAGACAAAUGAUUUGUUUUGAACUGGAGGAUAUUGAUGUGAACACGUGUAAAAACUGAAGAGGAAAAUCGAAAUUUAUGACUCAGUGAUAUCCGAGUUAAUGACACAGAGCGAGGGACUCAUGAUUCUUCUAGUGAUCAAAGUGCGUUUUCUUGGGAUCACGUGACAAGUGAUAUUGACCAGUGUCCAAUCAAAGACCAGUGUCUGUAUCACGUGGUAGACGUUAUACUGGCUGCCGUUGUUGUUAAUGCUUGUUAAUCUGACUUUGUUAACGAUCGGGUAAAAAGACAUUUAUAAUAUUGUUUUUCAUCCUUUCUUGUAAAUAUUUUACUGUUAUAUUUUCUACAUAUUUCACGUCACUUUUGCCAUUUAUAUAUUUAUCAUGUCAUUAAAUUCAGUUAUUUCAAGAG